AUGUACAUCAAGUUUACUUCAUUCGUUGCUUUUCUACAUGCAACUUCAAAUAUGGCGGAUGAUUCUAAAAAUUCUAGUAUUAUUCAAUCAGAUCCAUUCAACCUCUUCGUGUCAUCUGUGAAAGAAAAAAUAGGUAACUCACUCUUGACUUCAUGUCAUGAGGGUGCUGCCACAGACGCGCUUUGCAACUCCUUGACUCCUUUGUCAAAUAUUUCGAGAUCUUUGUAUCGUUUAAACAACACCAUGGCUAAAAAUCUCGACGAAAAAUUCCGUGACCUUGGUAUUCUGACGGAAGUUCUACACGGAGUUAAUUUCAAAUUAACAAUACCUAUGAAUCUUGUCUUUACAGAAAAUUCUAGUGAUGCUAUACCACUAUUUAUGCCUUUAGACACUGGAACCCUCAUAGGCUUUGAUGCUAACGACAACAUGUUUGUUCCGAGGAAAUCUGGCGACGAAGAGACUCCACCGACACACAAAUUCAUUCCUGAAUACCGAUGGAAUAUGUGUGACACGAACAUAGGUUAUCACUAUCGAACACUUGUAUGGAUUGCCGACACGAAUUUAUCUGUAUCAAGUAACACUAUUAAUUGUGAGAAGAUAUGCGUGACUCGAAAGUUUAUCACUCCCUAA